CUAGAGGUAGCUCAUAAUACAGCACGAGUUCAAACAUAGAAUAAUUAUGCUGUGACGGAUUGUAUUUCAGGAGAGUUCUCCGAUUAGUGGCGCCUUCACGUGCUUUCGAACAGGUUAAUUGUCGUCAUCGAAGCCAUCACCACCUCUAGAUAAGCUUGGACAAGCGUUUCAGUUGGUGUCGUGUACAACCAAUGGAUACAUCAAAGGACAAACCUACCAAACAUGGUCUAAACACUCAGUACGACCUCUACGAAACCACAAUCAAUAUUAAUUUCCUCAUCUUCACAGUCUCAGACAAACUCCCUUACCAGCCUCUUUGUCCUUCCCCCCACCUCGAGCUCCCUCCCGUCGGGUCUUAGAUAGCGCCCAGCCCCCGGUCAUUCCCCCCUCUCAAAAGAUAGGCGGCCGUUUUAGCGUCUCAGCUGCUAAACCGCGCUGGAAACCAAUCGCUGAAACCUGUCCUGAGCCCUGGAGCUUGGGGCACCUCAAUCCAAAGCGGGGGCGGGCUCCGUCACUGCCACAGUCCAUUCCAUCACUCUCCCCUGCCUUGAUUCUUACCCACUUCCAAAAGCCCACAACUUGUCUUCUCUUCCUUACGACAUCGUUAUUCAUCAGCAUCUUCGACUCGCAAUAACAGCAUCAGCUCGUCCUCAACGACUUCGCGAGCGCACUUUACCCUGAGCCCAUACUAGAUCGCAUCAUUUCUCGACUCUCUUAUCUCUAGACGCAAUGGCUCCCCCGCCGAACCCCAAUCUUCCUCUCCAGGAGAGGCUUCUGGCCCUUGCAAAGACACUCCAGUUCGGUUGGUUUGUAGGACACCUCACCCUGAUCCUUACAACGGGCCGAUAUUUCUUGUCCUGGAUUCGAAUGAACUACUACACCCGCAUGGCCCAGCUCUCCUACCGUACUGCCUUUAUUGCUGCCGCUGUCACCUAUGGCAUCGUCGUCUACAAGACCAUGCGCGCUCGCGCAAAGACUGGCGCCCGAGCUGCUCCUACCCCCAUGGCUCUCCUUGCUGAUGAGAACAUCCAGUACCUUGCCAUGGCCCUUGUGUGGCUUUUCUCUCCCCAGUACCCCCUCGCCUUGAUCCCUUACACGAUCUACUCGGUCUUCCACGUUGCCACCUACACCCGCGCCAACCUGAUCCCCGUUGUCCUUGCGCCCAAGCCUGCGCCCGAGGCUGCUGAUGGUGCUUCUCCUAGCCGCCAAGCUGUCAACAGCCCUCUUGCUAACCAGAUUGGCGCUUUCGUCAAGGAGUACUAUGAUGCUUCCAUGGCCAUCGUCUCCUCCCUUGAGAUCGCUCUCUGGGGACGUAUUCUCCUCUCCGCUAUUCUCUUCCAGCGCCGAUCUUGGAUCCUCAUUGUUCUCUACACUGCUUUCCUCCGUGCUCGUUACAGCCAGAGCACUCAUGUCCAGAACUCUUUCACCCAGCUCGGUGCUCGUGUCGACUCCCUCGUUAGUGCUCAGGGUACUCCCCCUGCCGCGCGACAGGUCUGGCAAGGUGUCAAGGAGGCUGGCAAGCAGUUCCACGAUGCUACUGACGUCAGCAAAUACAUUAGCGGCCCUGCUAAGAAGACCUCAUAAGCUCGAGACGACGACACGCAGCUUCAGGUCAUUCUGACUUGAUCAUACUUAACGGAUAUGAAUUGAGACAUAGCGGAACCAGACAAGAUUGAAACACCAUGACGCUACGAUUGGACUGGCUGCUUUGCAGCUAAACGCGACGACGAUUUCAGACUGGACAAAGAACAUGGGUGCAGCGAGUACAACUGCACAACCAUGGGAACGUGGAAAAGAGGCUUGGCCUCGUGACUGUAUUUUUUUUUAUUCCUAUACUUGGAGAACUUUUCUGGCGACUGUUCUCAUGCGCAUGCGGAGGGAGCUUUGUGGGCCGAGCAAAUCGACUUGGUGCACAAGAUACUCAGGAGGAAAUGGAAGUGGCCAUGGGAAUGAUGGGGGAGAUAACGAAGGAGACUGGAUGGAUGGGUAUGGAUUUCCUGGUGUUAGCUUUAUUGUAUUGGAAUUUCAGGUUUGACCAUGACUUGUGCUGUUGUUACAGUGAUUUACAGGACGAUAAAUUGUUCAUUGCUCACGAAUAGCUUUAUCGGACCUGUGGUUUGUAUUUCCGAGGAAGACAUGGCUGAGAGUUUGGCAUCGAAACAUGGUAUGUUCUCGGAGAAGAAGCCACUGAGAAUAUUCGAUGACAUAAGGCCCGGCCUGGUCUCGAUUAUAGUGUUCAACGAAAAACGAGGCUUCUAUUUAGCUGCA